GCACGGAGUAAACAGAUGGACUCAUACCACUCAGACCUCACACGUAUAGCGACGAUCUUGAAGCAGUCGCCCGGGAGUGUGACGCUGGAGAACUUGCUGCGCCUGGCCAACUUCUACAAGUUUGAAACUUUCAACGAAGAGAUAUCGCCUGGAGUCAAGCGGGUAUCAAUAGCAGGAAAGAUUCUGGUGAUUGACAUAGACUUCCACGAGCUGGAGUCUUCGAUAAGGGGCCAAACAAGGAUAGACGUUGAUACUGUGAAGCUUAUCCUUGCUAAUAACGACUCCAUGUUCACGGUGAACAACGCAGAUGGGUCCAUAGUGCUGGAGAUGGCUUUGAAGCAGCAGAAGUUGGUGCAGUUCGACAGAUGCUUGGAGCAGUUGAGCGUGUUGGACCAAAACUCCACACAGGUUGACCUUUUCCACCAGUACACUUCGAUAAUGGGGACAUUGCAAGCAGAAUUCCCUAAUUCGGAGUACAGCACGCAGGAGUUCUCGAUCAUGAUCAAUAGUCUGUUCCAGAUAUCGCUAGCAUCGGACGAGCGUAUUGCGUUGGCGUUUGAAUCCGUGACGGUGAAUGACGUUGGGUUCAAAGUGGAGUUCUCAAAGCCCCUGAUUAUCCCACGUCAUUUGGCCAAUAAAGUUGGAAUAGUGUUGGACAACGAGUCGAGGGCACAGCUGUGCAAUAACAACGACAUCUACAGGACAAAGAGGAACUCGCUGCUACAGACAUUUCAAUUUGUACAGUCCGAGUUCGUGCAGACAACAGGGUUUGCCUGUGGUGCUCUAAGCCAGCUUAUCACCACAUUGCAUUGGUUUACCAAGUUUGAAAGUCUAAACAAGCUGUAUACCGAGCUACACUCGAAAUAUGAGCCGCUAGACAGACUCUCAGAGCUGACUAACGAGCCACAGUGGUUCACAGAGUUCACACAGGGCAGCUUGCAAAAAGAGGACACCUUCAUAAAGAUAACCGUUACCGAUGACGAGUUCAGAGUCGAUACAGAAUUGGAGUAUAAAAGGUCGAUAAAACUCGACGCGUUGACCCCCGACGACAUCCGCAUCCUCAGCAAUGAACUCCAGAGAGAAGACUCAUCUCCUUAAC